AGAAGAGGGGAGAUGAAGGGAAUAUAAAGAGAAUAUAAAGGGAAUUAUGUAUGAUCUUAAUGUUCUUUGGCAUGGAACAGGAGUUUCAGAGACGGAAAUGAAAAGAAUGAUUGUAUUUUUAGUAGAAGUUGGAUAUCGUACUAUUGCGUUGAAUUAUAUGGUUUAUGGAAAAAUUGGGAAAAAAAUGAUUAAUCCAAUUCGAUCAGAUGUAGUGGAAUUAGAAAGAUCGGUGCGUAUUUUAUCUAGAGUUACUGUUGUUCUUGAGGAGGGAUCUCAAAAUUAUAAUUUGUAUUCAGCAACCGAUGGGUUUGAUAUUUUAGCGGUACGACCAAUGAAUGAGAAAAUGUUUCAAUAUGCAUGUACGUCAAUGGAUGUGGAUAUAAUAUCUCUUGAUAUGUCUCAGCGACUUACAUUUCAUAUUAAACAUUCAACGGUUAGUAUUGCUAUUGCACGAGGGAUUAGACUUGAGAUUUGUUAUGGAUCGAGUAUAUCAGAUAUUAAUUGUCGAAAAAACCUGAUUAGUAAUGCAUCAGCAUUAAUACGUGCAACACGUGGGAAGGGAAUUAUUAUAUCAAGUGAAGCAUCGAAUUUAAUGUAUUGUCGAAGUGGAUAUGAUGUAAUUAAUCUUUCAACAUUUUGGGGAUUGAGUCAAGAAAAGGGAAGGGAUGCUAUAGGAAAAGAGGCGAAAUAUGUUAUUAUACAUGGAGAAGCUAGAAAAAAUGCAUCUAAAGGAGUUAUUAAAUUAGUUGAUGAUAAAAUUUUAAAAGAAAAACGUAAUAUUGAGGAAGAAAUAGUACAUGAAGCCAAAAAAAAAAAAAAGACGGAUAUGUAAAUUGAUUUUUUUAAAAAAAAAGCAUUAUAAUAGUAUAUUCAAA